GAGAGCAAGCGUGAGAGAGGACGGAAAUUCAGUCAGCGAAAGAGGGAGAAUUAAGUAAAGCAGCCGUGGCGGAGUCGGUAGCAGAGAUAGUACGAGAGAUAGAGAGAGCUUCACAUGAGCGAAAUUAAAGUAAGUAAGAGUGCGUGUAGUGCAGUGUUCGCUGGUCUGCUCGGUUAUCUGUCUCCAUCUGGGUGCCAUCUGUGUCUUUGGCUCUGGCCUUCACCACACUGGGGCUCACAUAUGUGGGAAUGCAAACACAUGCCUGACAUAUGAAGGUGCGGAGUCACAAGAAGGGCCAAAAAGCAAAGGAUAAGAAAGCAAAACCCCCAAUACUGCAGCUGAGUUUCUCAAAGGACUGAGUGGACUCUACACUAGAGUGGAGACAGUAGAGAGAAGAAGAGCCCUGCCAUGCCCGGUUCUCCUGUGGAUGCUAAGACUCAUUCCAGAUCAGCCCCCAGCAGCAGCGCCAGCUCCACUAUGCCACCCCUACCUUCUGUCAACCCCAGUGGCCCACGACCGGCCUCUUUUUCCACCACAGCAUUGACCAAUGGGAAUCAUCAUUCCCCACCAACACUGAAUGCAGUGCCAUCUCCGCCACAGCGUUACAGCAAUGGACCGUCCUCUUCCUCUUCCUCAUCGCUGGCUAACCAGCAGCUGCCAGCCACCUGUGGGGCACGCCAGCUGAGCAAGCUGAAACGUUUCUUGACCACACUGCAGCAGUUUGGCAACGACAUUUCUCCUGAGAUUGGAGACAGCGUCCGAAGCCUAGUUCUGGCCCUUGUGAAUUCAACAGUUACCAUUGAGGAGUUUCACUCACGGCUUCAGGAGGCUACCAACUUCCCCUUACGACCCUUUGUUAUUCCUUUUCUCAAGGCAAACCUCCCUUUGCUGCAGAGGGAGCUGCUCCACUGUGCACGGGCAGCCAAGCAGACCCCAGCUCAGUACUUGUCCCAGCACGAGCACCUCCUGCUAAGCACCACUCUGGCAUCUUCUCCAGACUCCUCUGAGCUCCUGAUGGAGCCUCCAGAGCCUGGAACCAAGAGACACAGCCCAAGCAGGGCUAAAGAGAACGGUUUCCGUGAACGCCCACCUGUAGCUAUGGAGCCUGCCGCAAAGCGGAUUUGCACCAUCAGCCCAGCUCCCCGACACAGCCCUGCUCACCCACUGCCACUGACCGCCCAGCUUCACCCGACCCCUCCACCCUUGCAGCAUUACGCCCUGGAUGACAUCGCAGCACCUCACAUCCUGCACCGUGAGCACAGCCAACGUGUUUUGGAGAUCCGCGAACUCAAAGACAGGCCACGACUUCCUGGCACUAAUGGGGGCUACCGUGAGGAGCCAGUGGACCACAGACUGACAGACAGAGAGUGGGCUGAUGAAUGGAGGCAUCUGGACCAUGUGUUGAACUGUAUUGUGGACAUGGUAGAAAAGACACGGCGGUCAGUGAGCGUUCUCAGACGAUGCCAGGAGUCAGAUCGCGAGGAGCUUAACUACUGGAGACGACGUUCAAGCGAGCAGGAAGACCCGCGCAAAGGAGGACCGGCAUCCGCUCCAUUCUCCAAGACGCACAGCCCUCACUCUUCUGAGUCGGACUCUCAGCGUGAUUUUGCUCCACGGCCAGGCUCAGCAUAUGUCACAGAUGAAAUCUGGAGAAAAGCUGAAGAAGCGGUGAAUGAAGUUAAGCGUCAGGCCAUGGAAGAGGUUCAGAAAGCUGUAGCAGAGGCUGAGCAGAAAGCAUUUGAGAUGAUUGCUGCUGAGAGGGCCAAGAUGGAAAAGACUGUGGCUGAGGCCAAGCGGAAGGCGCAAGAAGAUGCCAUCAUGGUCAUUAAUGAACAAGAGGACUCCAGUGAGUGUUGCUGGAACUGUGGUCGCAAAGCUAGCGAGACGUGCAGCGGCUGCAACGCCGCUCGCUACUGUGGGUCUUUCUGCCAGCACAAAGACUGGGAGAGACAUCACCUCAUCUGCAGCCCAGGACUUCAGGCUCAACCCAAACCGGUACCUGCAAGCAGAGUGGCCGCCGUGGCCACAGCAGCAUCGGCCGCCGCCGUCGUGUCUCCUGUUGGUCUGGCUGGGGUCAAAGUUCCUGACAGCGUGCCUUCAGUCUGCAGUCCAGGUGGGGAGAAGGCUUCAGUCGCUUCGCGUUCAUCCACUCCCUCCACCCCUGCCUCGGCCCCUGAGACGAACGGACACUAGGAGGCAAAGGACCUUGGCGGUGCAUGUGUCACCUACCCCUCUUCAAAAACCGGGAAGAACUGAAACAGCAGCAUGAGGGAACUAUUUGUGGGUUAAGUUAGGAUAACAGAUUUUUCAACAUACUCUUUGGCAGAUAAAAAAGGACAGAUUAUGGAUGACUGUUUGAGUGAUAUGUCAACUGGGACUUUGGCUUUGGCAAAGAACAGAAGGACUCCUCUUGAAUGCAUUAAUUGGAUGAACAGAUCUCCCUAGCAGAUGGAAACGUGUUUCUCAUCGUCCAAAAACCAAAAUCUUGGAUGUGCGAGGGGUGGAAAAAACACUGAUUGAUCUCCGUUUGUUCUCUGGUGGCAGCGUGGAAGUUAUGAAAGGGAGGCAUACGAGAACAAACACAGGAGAUUAAAGGACAAUGAGGUAUAAAGAUAUUUCCCCCCAUGUACCAAUAUCCUCAC